ACAACAUACACACAGGAGAGGACAAAGGAUAAUGGACCCCCCUACGCCAACUAAUUGAAUAUCUCCUCUACACUGCCCAAAACAACAAAACACCACCUCCCCCCGCCAACAGAAAUACAAAAACACAAUGCCUCGCCAUCUCCUCCGCCGACACCCCGCUGCCCCGGAGCCUCCCUCCGACGACUCUCCACAACCGCGCGCCAACAGAACAGGACUAACCCAUAUCCCCGCUCAAUCGCAAUUCCAUACACCUCCUUCGAGAGCUAUCCCGCAGCUUCAUCCCUCGUCAGGCCCACUCGACCCCUCGGCCAACCCGGCGGCGCAGGCGGCUCUCUUUUCGUUAUUUGGUCGGGGAGUCGCGGGUCGACCCCCGCAUCGGGGAUCUAUGAUUGAGGAUGAGGAUGAGGAUGAGGAUGAUAGCCCGUUAGAUGAUGACGAUGACGACGAAGAUCUCGAUGAGGAUCUCGAGGGGUUGAAUGGUGCAGAGACAGAUCAUGAGCCGUUGAGUCUACAUGCGGAAACGGGGAACGAAGUCGAUUUUUCAGAAGAGGACAUGGAGGGCAUGGUGGGCGAUGAGGUCGAUGGGGGGGAUGAGGAUGAGGAUGAGCUUAUGCAGGAUCAAGGAGAUACAUCCCCCAGUCCACUCCCCGGAGACCUCCGCGAGAUCUCCUCGCUCGCCUCCUGGACCGUCUCAACUCAUAAACCGGGAUGCGGUGUCGCCGCCCUCCGAAACCCAGAUCACCUGCAGUACUGGCAAUCCGACGGGCCGCAGCCGCAUACGCUCACACUGCACUUUUUCAAGCUCGUUGCUGUCGUCAAGAUAAGAGUUUAUCUUGAUUUCGGGCUCGAUGAGAGCUACACGCCUACGAAGAUGGCCUUUCUCGCGGGCAUGGGCGGGAACGAUCUCGUUGAGUUCGCCACCUGGGAAGGCGAGGGUCCCUGCGGCUGGGUCGAUGUGCCGCUUGAAGGUGUGGGCGGGCAGAAUGGGGGAUGGGUGCGGAAAAGGAGCAGGCAUCGUCGAGCACGCAAGUCGUUUCGCCAUGCAGCUGCUAGGGAUAAUGGGAAGGGGAAGGGGAAGGGCAAAGGGAGCGGGAGGAGGAGCUCUGCAACAGCUAUCUGGGUGGAUGACUCACUCUUCUCUGAUUCGGAAAAUCAAGAUGGUUCUGUUCGAAGGUUCGAGGAAGGUCGCGGUGCUCUCGGAGAGGGCUACGAUGUAGACGACGACAGCGACGAUGAUCCGUACGCGGGGAGCGUGCUGAAAGCCAUGGUGAUUCAGAUGCGCGUCAUGGAGAACCAUCAAAACGGCAAGGAUACUCACGUGCGUGGGUUCCAGGUAUUUGCGCGAGAUGAUGACCGUCGGCGUAUCGGGAAUGCUCCUUCUGCGUCUGCGGACGGUCGAAUCCGCCGACAAAGCGUACGGAAGUCCCUUCGCGGCGCCAACGACGAUGGUAUUGACGGGCGCGGAGAGGGUGCUGGGGAUGAAGAGAGAGGGAAGAAAGUGGUUGGGUUGGAAGAGCCGGAUUGGAUGGGAGAUCCAGUUAUUCGGUAAUCCAUGAUUCUAUCAGUUAAGACACCUGUGCUCCACAGGUUUCUCCCCUGUUUCUCUUCUUUUUUUUUUUUUUUUUUUUUUUU